UAAAUGUUGCAUUACUUUAUUCUUGGGACCUUAUUAGUUCCAGGUUCUUAUAUUUAAUUGCUUCCAGUUAACAAUAAAAUAAAUACAACAAAUACAAAAAGGAUCUUGCUUAACGUAAAAGAUUCGAAGCUUUACGGUAGACGGAGGCGGGACUAAACUUUAACCAGGAAGUUUACAACACCGCUCCAUGUUUACACAUGUUAGUGCGUUCACGUGGAGGAGAUUUUUACUAUUGAAAUGUCUUCAAAGAAAAAUAAAAGCAAAUCGAAAAGAGUGAGUGAAAGUGACAGUUCACUCUUAUCGAAGGAGGGCUCAAAUGACUCCUCCAACCUGCAGACAUCUGGCCACGAAGGAGGAAGCUGCAAAAGUUUACACAUCAACUCAUUCACUGUCAUCGAUUUCAUUGAAAAAGCCGAUGACAAAACACCCAAAAGUUGCAGAUCAACUUUAGUCCAACUGAGCCUCAACUCCAUGAAGUCGGCCAGCGUUUGCAUCGGGAGACCUGUCCUGCUGACGAGUCCCACGGGACAGCAAGAGGUGUGCUUAGGUUGGCCGGUUGCCUCUUUUCCUGGCGGAAAAGUUGGUCUUCAGAAAUGUGCUCAGAAGAACCUCAGGGUGAAGUCAGGGGCCGAGGUGACGCUGCAUCCACUAACAGGUCCUGUGCUUCAGGCUGAGGAGGUGGUCCUCUCUAACAGGUCAAAAGAUGACACACUAGAGACAGACAAGUUCAAGAACUUCUUCCUGAGGUCCCUGGUUGGAAACAUCAUUUUGCCAGGGAAUGUCAUCCCCCUGACCUACUUCGGCCGGUCAUGCAGUCUACGUGUUGAGACCAUAAGAGGGGAGGACGGAGUCACGCUCCGCAGACCAGCUGCACCCCCAGGACUGGGCCCUGACACGGACGAGUCCUGCGUGAUGACCUCCGUGCUGGACUCCACGUCCGCCGACCUCUCACUGCAGCUCAGCUUGCUCACCGUGGAUGACAACAGUGCUGACGGGGCACCAAGCAUGCACGGAGAGCCGGGUCCUGCAGCCAGCACCCCACACCGACCAGCCCACUCGCCUUCUCUCUCCUCACCCGCUGCUCCUUUCACCCCAUCCUGCAACUCCCAGAAUCCUUCUGCAGAGACAGCAGAGGAUGCCUUCAGUCUGGAGGACUCCCUAAGCUCAGAGCAGGCAGAGAAAACCCCCACAGCUCCCUCUGGUGGUGUUCUGAGUACAGACACCUUCUACUGCCUGUCCUGCACCACUAAAGUGAGUUUCCAGGACAGAGCAGGGCAGGAGGAUGCAGACACAGAAGCCAAAAUGUCAAAGGUCAAAUACAGCAUGAUUGGCGGCCUCAGCAGCCAGUUGGAUGUCAUCAGAGAGACCAUUGAGCUUCCUCUGAAACAUCCUGAGUUGUUCUCCAACUAUGGGAUCCCACCUCCACGAGGGGUGCUUCUGUAUGGUCCCCCGGGCACAGGAAAGACUAUGAUUGGACGAGCCAUAGCCAAUGAGGUUGGAGCUCACAUGACGGUGAUCAACGGCCCCGAGAUCAUAAGCAAAUUCUACGGGGAAACAGAAGCGAGGCUGAGGCAGAUAUUUACUGAAGCAUCUCAGAGACAGCCUGCGAUAAUCUUUAUUGAUGAGCUGGAUGCUUUGUGCCCAAAGCGAGAGGGAGCGCAGAAUGAGGUGGAGAAACGAGUUGUUGCUUCCCUUCUGACUCUGAUGGAUGGGAUUGGUUCAGAGGGGCACUCAGGUCAGCUGUUAGUCCUGGGGGCCACAAACCGGCCCCAUGCCCUCGACCCCGCCCUGCGCCGACCAGGGCGCUUUGACAAAGAGCUGGAGGUGGGAGUUCCUAGUGCUGCUGAGCGUGCAGAUAUUUUGCAAAAGCAGCUGAAGUUUUUACCGUGCACAGCCACCACCGAGGAGGUGACGCAGUUGGCCGACGCCACUCAUGGAUACGUAGGAGCAGACCUCGCAGCUGUUUGCAAAGAAGCAGGUUUGCAUGCACUGAGACGAGCACUGGGAGGGUCUCACCAACCAUCAGACCAGCAGCUGAUGGGGACGGUGACCGUCACUCAGCAGGACCUCCAGUGGGCCAUGUCUGUUGUGAAGCCAAGUGCCAUGAGGGAGGUCGCUAUCGACGUCCCAAAGGUCCGCUGGUCAGAUGUAGGCGGGAUGGAGGAAGUGAAACUAAAACUGAAGCAGGCUGUGGAGUGGCCUCUGAGGCACCCUGAGGCAUUCAUCCGCAUGGGGAUCCAGCCACCUAAAGGCGUCCUGCUGUACGGGCCCCCAGGCUGCUCCAAGACCAUGAUAGCCAAGGCCCUGGCUAAUGAAAGUGGGCUCAACUUCCUGGCUAUUAAAGGUCCAGAAUUACUGAGCAAGUAUGUUGGAGAGUCUGAAAGAGCUGUGAGAGAGGUGUUUAGGAAGGCAAGGGCCGUCGCUCCCUCCAUCGUCUUCUUUGAUGAGAUUGAUGCUCUGGCCAGUGAAAGAGGAAGCUCGUCGGGCUCCAGUGGUGUAGGCGACCGGGUCUUGGCACAGCUCCUGACAGAGAUGGACGGCAUCGAGCAGCUCCGAGACGUCACUGUGCUGGCCGCCACCAACCGGCCCGACAUGAUCGAUAAGGCUCUAAUGCGUCCAGGUCGCCUUGACCGAAUCGUCUAUGUGCCUCUUCCAGAUGCUCCGACCAGACAAGAGAUAUUUUCUCUCCAGUUCCGCAACAUGCCUGUGGCCCAAAAUGUGUGUCUUAAUGACCUGGUGACUCAGACCAACAAGUAUUCUGGAGCAGAGAUAACAGCAGUAUGCAGAGAGGCUGCCCUCCUGGCCCUACAAGAGGACAUCAAAGCUCAGCACGUCGAGGCCAGACACUUUGAAAGUGCCCUGAACACUGUGAAGCCCCGGAUCCCCGACUCUCUCAUCCAGUCGUAUAUCAGCUAUCAGCAGCAGCAACACAGCGGCCUGUUCUUCUUCUGACCACGCUGCUAUAUGGACACAGUCCAAACUAGGGAACCUUGUCCCGUGUAAUUCUAACAUUGUUUUUUCUUUUUUAAAGAAAAGGUUUUCAACUGCCCCGUGUCUGGCGGACAAGAUACCAGAAUGUGAUGAGAAAUGGACACAACCACCAGCCGAACAUGUUAUGGCAAAUACAAAAUUAAAAAUUAAAAAAAUCA